AUGGCCGCCCGGGACCCCGCGGGGCCCCCGCCUCCGCCCCCUGCGCGGGCCCGGGGUUGGCCUGGGAGAGUGCUAGCUAUGGGUGCCCUGGCGGGGUUCUGGGUCCUGAGCCUCCUCGCCUACGGUUACCUGUCCUGGGGCCAGGGCUUGGAGGGAGAGCAAGGGUCCUGGCGAGCUCAAGCUUCGGAGAGACCCGGGCCCUCGCAGCCGCACCUCAUCUUUAUUCUAGCGGAUGAUCAGGGUUUCAGAGAUGUGGGCUAUCACGGCUCUGAGAUAAGGACGCCCACUCUGGACAAGCUCGCCGCAGAAGGGGUUAAACUGGAGAACUACUAUGUCCAGCCCAUUUGCACACCAUCCAGGAGUCAGUUUAUUACUGGAAAGUAUCAGAUACACACAGGCCUUCAACAUUCCAUCAUAAGACCUACCCAACCCAACUGUUUACCUCUGGACAACGCAACCCUACCUCAGAAGCUGAAGGAGGUUGGAUAUUCAACGCAUAUGGUGGGAAAAUGGCAUUUGGGGUUUUACAAGAAAGAAUGCAUGCCCACCAAGAGAGGAUUCGACACCUUUUUUGGUUCCCUUUUGGGAAGUGGUGAUUAUUAUACACACUACAAAUGUGACAGUCCUGGCAUGUGUGGCUAUGACUUGUAUGAGAAUGACAAUGCUGCCUGGGACCACGACAAUGGCAUAUACUCCACACAGAUGUACACACAGAGAGUGCAGCAAAUACUGGCCUCCCAUAACCCCACAAAGCCUAUAUUUUUAUAUAUUGCCUACCAAGCUGUCCACUCUCCACUGCAAGCCCCAGGCAGGUACUUUGAACACUACCGAUCCAUUAUCAACAUAAACCGCCGCCGAUACGCUGCCAUGCUUUCCUGCUUGGACGAAGCAAUCCACAAUGUGACUCUGGCCCUGAAAGCUUAUGGAUUCUACAACAACAGCAUUAUCAUUUACUCAUCAGAUAAUGGUGGCCAGCCCACUGCUGGAGGAAGCAACUGGCCUCUCAGAGGCAGCAAAGGAACCUACUGGGAAGGGGGGAUCAGGGCUGUUGGCUUUGUGCACAGCCCACUCCUGAAAAACAAGGGAACAGUGUGUAAAGAACUUGUGCACAUCACUGACUGGUACCCCACCCUGAUCUCGCUGGCUGAAGGCCAGAUUGAUGAACACACUCAACUCGAUGGUUAUGAUGUCUGGGAGACCAUCAGCGAAGGCUUUCGUUCGCCCCGAGUGGAUAUUUUGCACAACAUCGAUCCCAUUUAUACCAAGGCAAAAAAUGGCUCCUGGGCAGCUGGCUAUGGCAUCUGGAACACAGCCAUCCAGUCAGCCAUCAGGGUUCAGCACUGGAAGCUGCUCACAGGUAACCCUGGCUACAGCGACUGGGUUCCCCCGCAGGCUUUCAGCAACCUGGGGCCAAACAGGUGGCACAAUGAACGGAUUACUUUGUCAACUGGCAAGAGCAUAUGGCUUUUCAACAUAACAGCUGACCCUUACGAGAGGGUGGACCUCUCCAGCAGGUACCCAGGCAUUGUGAAGAAGCUCCUGAAGAGGCUCUCCCAGUUCAACAAGACCGCAGUGCCCGUCAGAUACCCACCCAAAGACCCCAGGAGUAACCCUCGGCUCAACGGAGGAGUCUGGGGCCCAUGGUACAAAGAGGAACACAAGAAAAAGAAAGCAAGCAAGAAUAAAGCUGAGAAAAAGAAAAAGAAAAGUAAAACCAAGAAGAAGAAACAGCCCAAAGGACGCUCAUCCCCAGACAGCCAUUCAGGUCUUCCUCUUGGUUAAGUCCAUGUUAAGUACUUUUAGUUAGUUUAGCAUAAAAAUCCAGUCUGUCAUCUGUCAGGCAAACCAGCAAAUUUGGCUCAGAAAUAUCGCUGCCAUAAGCAUCAGGCUUGUAUUCAUGUCACAGGCAUGGGCCACCUGGCUGCCACAUGGAAACGGCACUGCUUGGUGCCAAAGGUGCUCCUUCUGGAAGCCACGCUCAGGAGGCUGGAGAUACCCACGGUCACCAGUUUGAUAGACAUAACAGGGUCCCAGGAGUGAAAACUACCCUUGAUGUCGUCACAGGUUGCAUCACCUCAAUGGCCUUGAAAAAUAUUUUCUUCUCUGUGAAUUUUUGUAUCUCUUGCCUGACACUUGGGUUUUUAAAUUAUUUCUAUUUCAUGUAUCAUUUCCUUUCUGAUGAAAAUAUGCUGUUUCUCUCACAUGUGAGCAAUUUUCACCUCAUUUUAUCACGCGCGAGGGAGAGGAAAUUAAGCAUGCUCACGCCUACUGCCAAAAAGGAAUGUAACUUUCUAAACACUUUAAUAAAGUCACAUUUCAGUAUAAAAUAUAUAAUUUAUUUUUUUGGAAAAAGUAUUUUGUUUUCAUAAAAGUUACCCAAGUGACUUUAUUCUAUUUUUAUUUUCUACAUACAAUUACAAGAACUUUAUUUCAUUUCUUUAAGAUUAUCAAGCACUGUAAUACCAUAAGUUACUGUAAUAGUGAAUAAAUUUAUAGAAUAUAAAAAGAAAAUUAUUCAGAAGAAUGAUUAUCAUUGUUCAACUAUUAUUUUGAAUGUAAUAGUAUAAAUAUAUUCCUUACAGAUUACUUGGAAAUUUAGUGUUUGUGCAGAGUUGAUACAACUUUAUUGUUUCUACCAUAAACUAUUUAUGUAUAUUAAUUAUUAAAAUGAUCUAUUUUAUGGCACCAGCAAAUCCAGUGUGGCUUUACUGAUUUAGCUUCUAAAUUUCUAGAUAAAGCUAUACUAUUUAUUUCAACAAGUAAUUGUGUUGACAAAUAGAUAAUUGAAGGUAUGGGUUCCUAGCACAGUAAUAAAAUAGGGAUUUUUACAAACAAGAGAUGCUUCUACCUGGGUACUGCAUCAAGAAUAAGUCUAAUAACACUUAUAAUGGCUUCACUGUGAUAGAUGGUGGAUGUGGAGGAUGUCAGUCCUGUGUGAAGCUGUUCAAAUCUAUGUGGAACUCACACAUGCAGACACCACGAGGAGGAUUAAAGGAAAAUCUAUAAGAUAGUUUAUCAUGGGCCAUCAAUGAGCAUAACUGCAAGUUCAGGCCAUGGGCUUUUCUUCGAUUAGUGCUCUGAACAUAGAGUAUUCUCAAACAUACUUAGAGACAGCAAGGGUUGUGGUCUGUAAAGAUACAACUCUGAUAAGAAAAUGUGCUGUCUGGUUUUCCAUUCUUGAUUACAUUAAAUAAUGCUGUAACACGAAUAUAUGAUAUAAAGUAUAAAAAGUAGACUCGCCAUUACACUAAAAAAAGAGUUCUGAAGGAAAAUAAGCAUCAGAAAUGUUCUAAGCAAAGUUAAAGGCCUCAUUUCAAUUCAGUCUUUCUUAGACUUUUUAAAUCUUGGUUGUCAUUACAACUCUGACAGAAGGAAAACUCUAUACACUGUUUUCUAAUUUAUCUCAUAAUAAAAUUUUCUGUAGCUCAUUGCAUUGGAAUAGAAUUCUAAGGAAAAUGCUGAAAAUUGUUAGUGUAAAUAUAUAAUAUUGUAAGACACAAGGCAGACAGGCAAAUUAAAUUUAUGAAAAUUAAUUCUAAUUUCACUUCAGAAUGCUGCAAGUUUUACCUAUUAUAAUGGGAUUUUUAAGAUUUCUAUAAAUGACCAUAAUUUUCUCAGUGGAAAUAAAUCAGUAUAAUGCUUUCUAUCUAGAAAUAGCUUUAAGAAUAUUGUUCACUGUUUUAAAAGCAUGUCUUUCACCUAUACACAACUCAGGGUGGAUUGUGAUUUAAGUCUCACCGCCUUGUUCUUAAGAAACUAAAAUCUAAUAAAAUAGCCAUGCAUAAAUAAUAAACAAAAAAUGUUUCCAAAAUGCUAUCAGAAAAUUACUGAGUAUUUCAAGAUGGUCCAGAAGAAAAACACUAUGUGCUUGACUUUAUAUCCUAAUCAGCAAUGGCAUUUCCUAUUAGACAUUUAUUCUCUGAUUUCCUUCUGCUAAACUGCACCAUUCCAAUGCUUGUGUCUGUGCUUCAAGUAUAAACUAUACCAUUUUUAGGGUUCUUAUCUUACCUUUUCCUAAUAUAUCAAAAGAAACCCCUGCCAUAUUUAUCAGAAAACAAUUGGUAAAUGUGCUUAUGAGAAAGGACAAAAAUAGUUUCUUCAACUAAAAACAGAAACCACAUUUAUACCAUCGUUCAGCAAGUGAAAACAUCUACCACUAAUCUAUCAAGUCUAAUUAGAAAAAUUAUUUCAUCUAUAUUUACUUAUUCAUUCCUCACUUUCUAAAAAUUUAUGAAUAUUAUAAUUUUCUUGGCUAGAACCCCUUUAAAAAUCUUAAGAAUACGGAAGUUGGAUCACUGGUAGUUAAUAAUUAUACAGUUAAUAUACUUUAAUAUUUGAUUUUCCAAAGUAUCAGAAUUUGUAAUCAGGAUUAGCUUUCUAAAUGUUUAUUUAUGGCACACAAAUGGCGCAGUCAGAAUGUGUGUUGUUGGCAGAAAAAAAGCUGACUUACUAAGAGCAGCAAAAAAAAUUCGUAUUUUGUAAGUCAGUAACUACAUCGUUUCCUCUUAGGGAAAAUUAUAUCAUACAAUUCAUUUCUUCAUUCAGCAACUGUUUACUAAAUCCUCACUCUCUUCAAGAAACAGUGCUCUGAGUGUAUGAAAGAACAAAAUAUAAUCAGCCUUGGUGCAGGUUACUUUCUAGCUCGAUGAGACAGAUGAUCACCAGCAAACUAAAUAAAAAGUGAGUUACAUUCUAAGUAAAAUAUUAUGAGGAAAGAGUACAUCAGGCUAAAGGGAGGAUUUCCAUGGCACCAAGUUUUCCCGUCCACUGGUUCAGCAUUUGUUAAGUGCCACUUGAAAAGACACUCACAGGGUUGUAAUAACGUAAUAAGCAGCAGUGUUAGACAGGGUACGUCCUCCGGGGAAAUCACUCCAUGAAUCAAACAGCAAAACAUUUCCACUCUCUGCCCUCCCACCGCCACUACCUGAUAUACAUAGAGCUUUCACCAUGGACUACAUUUCAUAUUUUGUUUACAUGUCUUUACUGGGUCCUCCCCACAAAGUACAAAGAGCUGUUGUAUUCACGUCUGCACUGCCAGAAUCUAAGAUAAUGUCUUGCUCAUAACUUUCUUUUGAACUUUCUUUCCUCAUAUUUAUAUAAUUUUAAUAAGUAAAAUUACAUGUAUCCAUAUAUUCAGCUAUGUAUAAUGCCUUAGAUUUUAUUCAUUUCUUGUGUAGUGGUUUCAAUGGUGAAAUAGAAAUAAUUCUGUUUUACUCAGGAAAUAAUAUAAAGUGUUCGAGGCACCUUCUUUAGGGACAGAAUGCUUCUCCAUGAUUGUUCAUCAUAAUAACAGCAAUGAUGUAAAAUGCACAAUUUUCUAGCACUAUAAGUUUGAGAGAACACAGUGUUACAGCAAAAGCAACAAAAAAUCAACAGCAGAUUUUAUCUAUAUAACUUUUUAUCUAAUGGUAGAUUUAUUUGUUCUAACCUACUUUGAAUAUCACAGAAUACAUUGGCUUAAUGAGAGUUUCUAGAAAUCAAAGCUGGAGCCUUAAAUCGUGAUUAAUUUUUUUGUACCAUAUGUGAAAGAAAAAAUAUAAUUAGCAAAUAAACCUGCAUGUAUUUGUAAAAUUAUGAAACUAAGUGGACUAUA